AUGUUUAAGUCACUGAAAGUCACAUGGUGUCGCAGGCUAUUGUACAACACUUCGCUUUGCCCAGUUUUUAAGUCAACUCGUCAUUUUACAGCUAGAGAUGCUUCAGCUGCAUUGAAGCCUUUUUAUUUUAUAGUUCAUCCUGAUUUAUUUGGGCAGCAUCCAGCCGAACGGGCUGUCAACGAAAAUUCAUUAAAACUUUUAAAUGAGUACCUGACAGGCCAUGCAAGUGAUGGUAAAAAUGAAGCCAAAGAAAUUGUAUUUUAUAUCAGAUCUCAGGACAACAGUGAACCAGCACUAAAACAAGUCAAGAUUUAUCUGACUACAAGUAAUUUACGAGAGACGGUCAUGGACAUCCUUACAUCUUCUGGACUACCAAGUUCUCAUGUACCACAGACAAAAUGUUCAAUAUAUGGCACAAAUCGUCCAAUAGUGUGGCAUCCAUCUUACUACGCUGCCACAGGCAGGCCUAACCCUCAAGGAAGUCAUCAUGCUUCCAGGCCUGCAGCAGUUUCAUUGAGGAGCUGGCUUCAGAUGAACAUUGAGAGAUCAAGAAAGUAUGAGAAGUCAGUCAAGUUCAUUCAGGAUGAUGUUGCCAGGCUGUUGAAAAAGCUUCAGAUGGAUUUAGGAGUGGAGGAUAUUCGUUUUGACAGUGUGUGGGGUUGUCAUCAUUUUCGAGGGUGCCUUACAUCAUUCGACAGACUUUUUGAUAACCAUCCAGAGUUUCUUCAGCUUAUCCUUAAAGGAAGAACUCUAGUCUUCAGCAACAGCACAGGUGUUAGCAAACUUGGUGAAAUAAUACUCAGUAGUGAAGAUGUACCUCAGACAUGGAUAACUCUUCUACAGUCUGUAAAAGCAUAUGAUGCAGUACUAGAUCGCCUUCCCAAAAUGGAGUCAAAGUUAUCAUCUUUGUUGAACAGUAUCUGUGUGGUCAGACAAAGAAAGCAACAUUGUCAUGUUAUGGCAGGAGAAUAUGAACUUCUGUUAAACAAGCUUCUAAAUUCUCUACGACGCUGCCAGGAUCAUGUGAUACAUACCUUCAAGAACAAAGAUCUGUCUACUUUACAGCUGGUAGUGGAAGGGGAGUCUAGUCCUAUGAUGUUGUCCUCACAUGGCCAGUUUUUGAUUCCUGCAUCAGUCCCUGGAACACUGGCUGUUGACUUUGUCCACGAAAAUAUUCAUGAAGCUCUUGGCAUUUUACAACGUAUAACCAGAUUUCUUGAUGAAGAGGAAGAAAGCAAGAAAAAAGCCAUAGAAGUUCUAGGCCUAUAUCAGCUCAACAAAGAUGAAAGUGUUACCCCAGAACAGAUGAUAUCCUGUUGCUCACGUAUCAGUGAGCAACACUGGGGACUAAGUGUGUCAUUGGAAAAUUCAAAGCUGCGUGUGUCUCACUAUUAUUCUGUGAUGGAAGAUGGUCAGAUAUGCAUCCCUUGGGACUGGGUUGGCGAUGACGGCUGA